AUGGAUCGCUUCGUUAAUCGCCUUGAUCUUCAGGGUAGAGGCCUCGCGCCCCAGGGGAGAAUCCCGACCCGAGCCUUAGUCUCAUAUGUUAUCGAUUACUUAAUAAUAAUUGUUCUGGCAAUAAUUUACGCUGUCCUCGACAAAAUCGUCACACCCUUUUCUCAACCAUUCUCUCUCAACAAUGCAUCAUUACAAUAUCCAUACGCCGAUCCAGAACGAAUCCCCAUAUGGCUUGCACUGGUCAUUUCCGGCCUCUUCCCUGGAAUUGUCAUCGCCGUCUACACUUUAUUCCUCGAUGGUCUUUUCUCACAUCAUCGUCGUACCACCCGAACUCGAACCAAGUACACCUUCUGGGAUCGAUUAUGGGAACUCAACUGCGGCUGGUUAGGUCUUCUACUCGCCCAAGGCGCCGCAUUCGUCAUUACAGGGUCUCUCAAGAAUUUGAUCGGUAAGCCUCGACCCGACAUCAUCGCGCGAUGUAAACCCGAUCCAGCCAAAGUCGACGCCCUUGCGGUAUUUACUCUCGCCACCAAAGCACUGUGCACCGAAACAGACGAGCACAUCAUGCAAGAUGGCUUUCGCUCAUUCCCGUCCGGCCACUCCUCCAGCAGCUUUGCCGGCCUAUUCUACCUGUCACUCUACCUGGCCGCCAAACUCCAUGUCCUGGAUCAGCGCGGUGAAGUCUGGCGAACUUUCAUCGUUCUCAUACCGACACUUGCAGCCGCGUGUGUCGCCGGGUCGAGAAUCAUGGAUGCGCGCCACCACCCAUUCGAUGUUCUCUUCGGAUCAUUGCUCGGUAUCCUCGUGGCCUGGGCCAGCUACCGCCAAUACUUCCCACCCGUGCACCACGUCUGGGAGAAGGGUCGCGCGUACCCAAUGCGCACAUGGGGAACACCAAUCCGCAGACCCGUGCGGGGCAAAGUCCUCGUCGACAGCGAAACACUCGAAGUUCUAUCCGACCGAGUCCCCGUCUCCGGCGAAGAAGACGAUGAUUCACGCUACGAAAUGGAUUUCAAUACCAACAAUGGCGCAGGAGGUCCACGACACACAAAGCCAGAGUUUUCAAACCGUGGCAAUCUGGACUUGGAGACCGGAUAUUCAUCGCAAGCCUCACGGAGGCAGGAUACCUUUUCCUCGGUCCAAGUUCCUGCGCCGCUGCAGCCGUCGAGUACGGGCAAUAACGCUUUCCGCGAGCAGAUGGAGCACAAUCAACGAAUGCGCACUGGUGGCGGCGCUAGCACCGGGAGUCCUGAGAGAGAUGCGGAUGGACUGGAGGAUGAGCCCUUGCACCGCGGUCGUGCUUGA